UCGUCAUCGUCAUCGUCGUCGUCGUCGUCGUCUAGUCUCGGCUCGACGGCUCUUCGCCGGGAGAGAGAACAGAACCGAGUCGUGAAAAUCGGUAAAGUGCGCGUGAAAAGUGUGCGAUGGUCGUGUGUGGGAUUCUCUCGUUUUUUGUCUUUUCUCCACUCGCCGGGGUGAUGAGAAACGAGCAACACGCGCGAAUCGCGAACCUUGUCGUCGUCGAGUAUACUCGUCCUACCGGCGUGUCGCGACUGGAAUCCGCGAAGUGUUCGUGGAAAUUCGGCCGACACGACACUCGUCGUCGUCGUAAUUGGGAGAACGUUCGAGGAUAAGUGGAAAAGUUCAACAUUAGACACGACACGAGAAUUCCUGUAACUAAUGGAUAGUGACGCGUGUAAUUUCGGAUGAAAUCAUGCGUGAAUUAAAUUAUAUCGAGAAGAUCGGUUGCGCAGAUCGGAGAAAACGCAAGGUUUCGAUAAAUUUGUCAUCCACGACGAAUAUCUGUACUCGAAAAAAUUCGGUCGCCGGAUCCGCGAUGUCGAAGUGGAGUCGUCGUCUCAAGACUGCGCCCGGUGCUCGUGGACGAGAAUUUCGGUUCAGCAUGGCUGACAUCGCGACGUCGUAGGGAGAAAUUCCUGUGAAAUACUAGUGCGAACGAUAUAGCUCACGGAAGGGAUCUCCUUAAAGAUGACCUGAGAUCUCUCGUUCUACGUUUCUAAAAUUCGCAAAAGGUACGUCGAGCGGCAGACGAGAGAUGUGUUUCACCGGCUCACGCAUGGCCGUUUUGGCCAAAUGAUGUCGGAAAAUGCCGGCUCCGAGAGAUCCCCAGCAUCCGGUUUCACCGACACUUUCCGCCACGCGAGACCCACCGAUUUCGUUACCGGCCAAUACGAGAUUUUUUCGAGAUAAAUUCGAUCUACCAUCAACAAGUUCCCCCUUUCAUUAAAGAACUGGGCCAUCUCUCUCUUUUCUCUCUCUCUCUCUCUCUCUCUCUCCCCGCUGGGGGUAGAUUUUAAAUGUCAUUGAUCGCGCGACCUUCGAUGGAAUUUCGCGUACAGUUGUCACGUCACCGCUCCUCAUCCACCGCUAAAGUGAUCGUUCGGCUGUCUAUCCUUCAGCUUGAAAUGAGUGAUCUUCGUCGUGCAAUACGUGCGCGGAUCGAUUCGCGGAAAAUGUGAUGUGUGCGUGAUUCGAGAGUGCGCGCCCGAAAUACGGCGUAGAAUAUGUUUCGUGGUGCUCGUGGCGCUCGCCGUUAUGUGGAUAUACCUGAAGAAGCUCUUUCCACUUGCCCUCGACAUGAAACAGAAGAGAUUAUCCAUUCCUACAAUGGAAGCCGAGGAUGACGAAGAGGUCAGUGACAGUAAUGAGAGAUCCGACGAAUCCAGCGAAGUUUGGGACUGUGUCGGGGGCGGAGGUGACGAAGGCGGAGGAGACGAACAGCUCUUUCAGAUCAGCCGGCUGCAGCAGCACGCCACCUCGAUAACGAGCUUCAACCGACAAAUGGUGGGCCGCAUAUUGGUGGAGAUGUUUCGCACGUCAGUCAACAAUAAUGUACCACUGAUCGUCGAUGAAGUUAUGCAUCAUGUACAGCUUGUCGUCGACGAUAACGAUGCUUUGGUCCGGUCGGAUCUGGUCGAACAAAUCCCGAAUGUGGCGAUCAUCUGUCUCGAGGCGCCGCAUUUUUACGAACAUGUUCUCCGCGACCACUUGCUCUGUAUUAUAAUACAGUACCUGAACGAUUCAGACAAUCAGGUACGACAAAUGGCUCAAAGCGCGCUCAUAACGAUCUUGAAGCGGAAUCUUCUCAGCAACGAUACAAUCGAGCAAAACGUCUGUCUCACGGUAGAACUUUUGUCCUACAUGUCGCCCGAUGAACACCUUCGUAAUGCGAACAUCUCCUUCAUGUGUCGAGUAGCACCGCUGAUUGAUAGCGAACUUACAGAGAAGAUCUUCUUGAAACGAUACUUGGACCUAUGUGAGGAUAACGAUAUGAUGGUGAGGAGAACCUGCGCCACACAUUUUGCAGAAAUGUGCGUCGCUGUGGGAAAGGAUCAUGUGAAGGCGAAAUUGAUUCCUACGUUCAUGGAAUUGUGUGGUGAUAGAGUAUGGGGUGUGCGAAAAGCAUGCGUCGAGGUCAUAUUGCCGGUUGCUUGCUGUACGUCACCCGAAGAGCGCCAAAAAGCACUAGCAGACAUGUUAGCCAAACAUUUGAACGACGACUCUAAAUGGGUGCGAACAUCAGCUUUUCAGAUACUCGGACCGUUUAUAUCGCUCUUUGCCAAGCAGUUCGCCGACGUCUGUUACAAUAAGAACGGCGAGUUAGUGUACACCAGUAAACUGAACAAUCAUCUCAGCUUAUGUUAUUCAUAUGAAGCAAUCUUCCCUACAAAGGGCGCGAUCAAAAAUCAAAUAUCUGAUAUGGACGAUAACACCAAAAGCUCUUUUUACUUGCCUAUGGUGAAUGUGAGACAUGACAACGUUAAGACAUCGGAUUCCUUGGAGGGAUAUGAUUGUCAGAAGAUAGACAACUGCUAUUUAGAUAGACAAUUGCAAAUGAAAUACAAGGAAAGAAGCUUGCGAAAAAAGCGCGGAACUUUUCCUCUGCUCAAGAAAGACGUGGAUGAUACGGAGAAAUACAAUCCAUUUUUAUAUUAUUACAUCCCUCCGGGUAUACCGUUGGAUGACGAGCUUACUCAUGCCGCGAGGCAAUCAGCGAUGAAUCGUAAUAACGCUAAUAAAACGGUAAUGAUUAUCGAUAACGAAACUUUUGAGAAACAAAGCUUGGAUAAAUUUAACGCCGAGAAUAAUUGUUCCGAAAUUCCCAUUCCCGUCGUAAAUUUGAGCGACGAGGACGACUCAAAUACGGACGUCGAUAAGCUCGACAAUCAGAAGGAGGAGAAGGAUGACGAUGACGACGGAGAUUGUCCACCGUCGUCGCAAGACACGACGGAUUCGGAUGGCACUCAGGAUUUCGAGAUAUAUCUCUUGAACUCGAUGGACAAGAGUGACAAGUCUUGCAACUUGGACGCGAAGGAUAAUGGGCAAGAUAUCGUGCCUCAGAAAUUAAUCAAUUACUACGUCUCAAUGGCCGAUCCGGAGCAAUGUGUGGACGUGGGCACCGAUAUCACGCAUCAUUGUGCCUUCAGUUUUCCCGCAGUCGCUCUCACGCUGGGCGCGGAAAAUUGGCACUACUUGAGAAAGGCUUAUCAAUCGUUGUCGAGUGCGAAGCACUGGAAGGUCAGGCAUAGUCUGGCGUCGAGCAUUCACGAGAUUGCCAUGAUCCUGGGCGAAGAACUCACUGCCACCGACCUCGUGCCGAUCUACGACGGCUUCAUCAAGGAUCUGGACGAGGUCAGAAUAGGUGUACUUAAGCACCUCGCGACCUUUUUGAAAAUACUUAAACCCGACAUUCGCUGCCAAUAUUUGCCGAGAUUGAACGACUUUCUCGCCACGGACAACGAAUCGAACUGGAGAUUUAAGCAGGAACUUGGUACGCAAUUGCUCGAGAUUAUAGAGAUGUCUCUGUUCAGUCCGAACGAAGUAGCACAAAGUAUCGCGCCACUGUCCCUCCAACUGCUUGUAGAUAAAGUUUUCGCCGUUAAGGAGGUUGCAGUUGAAUUGAUCACGCGAAUUGUGAUCUACUUAUCCACCGAGGAUGCUCUGGUUAUGUCUCUUAUUCACGAACUCCGGGACACUUUGGUUGUAAAUGCUAAAAGAUGGAUGCAUCGACAGACUUAUGCGCUUGUGUGCUCUCAUUUGAUCCGCAACAACGCAAUCGCGGGAAGCAAAUUUUCUAAAGAGAUGUUACCAUGUUUGAUGAAGCUAUCCACCGACAGGGUACCUAACGUAAGGUUAGCUGUAGCGAGAACUAUAGCGACGGACGUCAUCGGGAUGGGUUUGGACACUUUGGGCAUGGAGACGAUGGAGAAAGUGGAAACAGUACUUCUAAAAUUGAGCGUCGACGUUGACCGAGAUGUGCGAAUAUUAGCUGGAGGUAAAGAACAACUACCGGACGCACUGGCUUAUUGUUCCUCCGACGAAAAUAAUCGACGAGAACAAAAAGUCGAACAAGCAUUUGAUGUAGCAUAUUUCAAAAAAUUUAUUAAAUAGUGAUCUAUCUCGAUCUCGUGGAUCAUGUUGCGAUUUUAUAUGCAAAUAAAAAGAAAACGACUUUUUUAUAUAUAUACAUAUAUCACAAGAUGCACUUCGGUUCUUCCACACGAAUGACUAGUUUUUGUAUAAAUGAUAAGCCAAAAAAACGUAUGCUAGGUACUAACUUGGCUAUGAAGAUCAAGCUUCGUAUCAAUUUCGUAUCGCAAACGUACCAGGUUUGGUGGAUAGUUGCAGUUGCAAAUACUUUGACAAUGUGUUAAAACAAAGCUCAAAUACGUAGCGUUCGCGAUUUAAUCGAAUAAUAGGGUACGAUACAAUUAUACAAUGAUGACUGAUGCAUCCUUUACGUCCUCUUAUCUAGGACAGAAUUGUGAAUAUCGAUAAUCGUAUACCAAUACGAUUACAUAACGACGCAUGAGUGUAUAUGUAGAUGUGUAAGCGCAGAGGAAUGCGUGUUUUACCAUUGUGAUCAAUUUGUAACGCUGAUCUCCCGAAUAUAUUAAAUAAUUCAAGGCGUUAUAUCUCGAUGCAUUAUUUCGCUUGAUUCAUUUCACGAAUGUUCGAUUGUACGAUUUAUCGGCACUAUGUCGCGUUUCACGUUAUUUUGUAGCAUUUUUAUUGUGCACCUAAUCUGAGAAUUAGACUCAGCAUAGCAUCAAAACAAAAAUUAGACAAAUGUAAAGCACAUUUUGCUUAAAUUAUAAAUAAUACUUAGAAAUGGUGCCAUGCAUGAAAAUAUUUUACAGACAUUUGUCACUUAACAUAUUGACAAAUCGGCAUGUGUCGAAUUCGUAGUCUUUAUUAAUAAAUGCGCAAUAAAUUAGCAUUUUAUUUUGCAUUUAAAGAUCAUGUCAAGAUGGAUAUUUUUGCAAAAUGUCCUAUAAGGCGAUACAGGUAUUGCAUUGUUGAUAAUUGAUAGUUGAAGGCUUAUAUUAAUAACGUGAUAAUAUUCUAAUUAUAAUAAAAUUCACAUAGGUAUGAUAUAUUUGUAUUUUUUUUUUAAUAUUUUAACAAAUUAUGCUGCCUAUAGAAAGUACUGUUGUAUCAUUUUUCUCAGCGAAACACAAAAUACACAUUGCUCACAAUACACUUUGAUUCUAUACCUAAUUUAAUAAGAUAAAAAUAUUGCACAAAAACGCAAUUCUUUAUUACGUCAUUUACUUUAAAACAAAUCAUAUAAAUGAAUGUAAGAAAGGAGGAUGUACUUCGUAGGAAACUUUAUAAAUAUUGUACGAUAUCAGAUUUUGUAACAUGCAGAAGUGCAAACUACUGAUGGAGCAAAGAGCCUUGCGUUUGAUCGAGAAGGAGAUAGAAGAAAGUUGUAUAGAAACUUAAAUAUCCGCACGAGAAGCAUACGUUUGUUAUGCAACAUUCAUUAAUUUUAUAAAGAUAAUUCAGAACGAUGCGACAGAAAAUCUUAAUGAAUGCUCUCGUUAUUUGUGAAUACCGGCAAAAGUGGAGACAUUGUUCAAAAACUAUCCUGUACAAUAUGUAUUUCAUAAAAAAAUAAUUAGAAAAAAUACAUUAAUUUAUUUAUUA